ACCGUCCCUGCAGGCGCGGACCUUCCCCCUUGGCGUGGCGACGCACCUGAGUAUUACGGAGCCUCCCUCUUACGCCCAUUACCCAGACCCCCUGACCCUGCCUUCUGGCUGCACCCCUCAAACUUCCUCAGGCUCGCGCUCAGACUCGUUGACUUCGCCGCGUCGCCCUUCAGAUCCUGCCCCACAGGCCCUCGGAUCCUUGGAAGCUCGGUCGGCCUUCAGACCUCUCCUGGCCAACUUUAAGAGAUGCUGGUCGUCCAGCCACUAAUCUUUGACGGAGAUCUUACCUACUCUGUCUCCUUAGUCCUUGUAAAUGGCUUUGCCCUUUCGGAUCCCUCCCAGCUCCCAACGAAGCAAUUCGAAUAUUGUCCCAACAUCCUCCUCCCAGAUCAUGCUGUAGACCAUUUUCCUCAGCCGGCUGUUCCCUCAGAUACAGCCACUGCCCCGCAGGCGGAGUCAAUGCUGCGACCUCUGUAUAUGGAUGUGCAAGCUACAACUCCUCUGGACCCUCGGGUGCUUGAUGCCAUGCUCCCUUACCUAGUCAACUACUAUGGGAACCCACACUCCCGGACACAUGCUUAUGGCUGGGAGAGUGAGGCAGCCAUGGAACAUGCUCGCCAGCAAGUAGCAUCUCUGAUUGGGGCUGAUCCUCGUGAGAUCAUUUUCACUAGUGGCGCUACUGAAUCUAACAACAUAGCAAUUAAGGGGGUGGCCAGGUUCUAUAGGUCACGGAAAAAGCACUUGAUCACCACUCAGACAGAGCACAAAUGUGUUUUGGAUUCCUGCCGUUCACUGGAAGCUGAGGGCUUUCAGGUCACAUACCUCCCGGUGAAGAAGAGUGGGAUCAUCGACCUGAAGGAACUAGAGGCUGCCAUCCAGCCAGAUACCAGCCUGGUCUCAGUCAUGACUGUGAACAAUGAGAUUGGAGUGAAGCAGCCCAUUGCGGAAAUAGGGCGGAUUUGCAGUUCCAGAAAGGUAUAUUUCCAUACUGAUGCAGCCCAGGCUGUUGGAAAAAUCCCACUUGACGUCAAUGACAUGAAAAUUGAUCUCAUGAGCAUCAGUGGUCAUAAAAUCUAUGGUCCCAAAGGGGUUGGUGCCAUCUACAUUCGCCGCCGGCCCCGUGUGCGUGUGGAGGCCCUGCAGAGUGGAGGGGGGCAGGAGCGGGGUAUGCGGUCUGGGACAGUGCCCACACCCUUGGUGGUGGGGCUGGGGGCCGCAUGUGAGGUGGCCCAGCAAGAGAUGGAGUACGACCAUAAGUGGAUCUCAAAGUUAGCAGAGCGGCUGACACAGAAGAUAAUGAAGAGCCUUCCGGACGUGGUGAUGAAUGGGGACCCUGAGCACCAUUACCCAGGCUGUAUCAACCUCUCCUUUGCAUAUGUGGAAGGGGAGAGUCUGCUGAUGGCACUCAAGGAUGUCGCCUUAUCCUCAGGGAGUGCCUGCACCUCUGCAUCCCUGGAGCCCUCUUAUGUCCUUCGAGCAAUUGGCACUGAUGAGGAUUUAGCUCACUCUUCUAUCAGAUUUGGCAUUGGCCGUUUCACUACAGAGGAGGAAGUGGACUACACAGUAGAGAAGUGCAUUCACCAUGUGAAGCGUCUUCGAGAAAUGAGCCCUCUCUGGGAGAUGGUGCAGGAUGGCAUUGACCUCAAGAGCAUCAAGUGGACCCAACAUUAGAAGAGUGGGCCUCUGACUUUGUGCUGACCUCGCUUCUCCUGCCUCACCAACCCAUGCACAUCUGGAUACCUUGUUAUGCCAGUGCGUGUUUCAUAUUCUAACCAGAAUUUGUGUAGCCCAGUUGACUUCAGCAUCAGCCCACCAUCAGCCUAAGAUAGAAACACAAGAAAACUAUCUUUCCUGAGCCUCAGCUCCUUUGGUGGGGAACACUCACCAUUUCUCUCUAGGAGUCCUUCUCUGGUCUUAUGGUGAAUGGGUGUUCUUGGUGGGGAAAGCCAGAGGAACUGGAAGAAGGUUCUUUGUUCAGAGACCUCAGUGCUCUAUGUGGACGUUUGAAUUGUUGCUUACUACUGGUCAGCAAGACUAAUUCCUUCAGGAACAAGCAUAAUCAACUACUAUUUAAUUUCUUUUUUGGCUCCAAAGUUCACCUCUUCAUGUUGAUUAUAGACUGACAGCAAGUUUCUUAGAAGGCUUGUCUCCUGUUCUUGUCCCCCCUUAUUUUUUUUGACCUAAUGGAGCUAGAAAUAUCUAUAUGACUCCACCCACUAUUCUAAUACUUUGUUUCUUUUUAAAAAUUGUUAAUUUGCAGAUCAGAAAAAUAAAAUCACCUUCCUGUA